GACUAGCAGUGCAAAAACCCUUGAAGCUUUGAAGAUCUAGUUCGAAACAAAUCACCCUCAACCCGAGGGCCGCCUAGGUGGAGUAUCAAGCGAAAACAGCCCAAGAAGAGUCAAAAAAAUCAUCAAUCGUGAUCAUAGCCGGCGCCCCAUCAGUAACAGAGUCAUAACUAACAACAACCACCCCGGCAUCCUACCACAAAUAUUGUUCCAACGUCUCACAUGCAUCAUUCACGAAACGCAAGUGACAUCAGCGACUUGAGCGAAACCAUCAGCGAACCUGAAUCCGUCAUCAGCUUCAAUGAGGACGUGCAUUUGGUCAUGCAAAACGCUGUCAUAUCCACUGCGACUUACGUGGAGCAGGCUCGACAAAUAAUAGAACAGCUAGCGACUAAUCGAAACAGAUGGAUCACGACUCCACCAAGCGUGCAUGACGUGGAUGCAUCCAGGAUUCUAGACGCUAUGUUGAGGAACGCUCACGGGACUGGUGGCGAAAGCUCCGAGCGUUAUACCGCCUGUGCUAUUUGCGCAUGCCAAAAGAUCCACGAGCAAGUCAACCUCGCGCGGACUUGGUUUAUAAUUUUGAAAUUCACAGCCGGGGCCCAUCAACCAUCAGAUUUGGUUUCUGGUCAGUUCACGUCGACCGUUGACGACACAUAUGGUAGCCUUGCUGGUACGAAACGGAGUAGAAAAUUCAGGACCGAUGCACAUGGUUAUAAAUGCGCUGUUUCAGGUAUAUGGGAUGAAGCACACAUACCCGCAGGUGUCGAACAGGGUUGGAUAACCUUACAAGCAACGCACAUCCUGAAACGGGCUGUUGGGGUUUUCACCAUGGACCGGGCACAUAGCGCUGCUGCAACGUGGAAUAUCAUUCAGCAUUACUCAGGAAUGUCCGAAGAAACUAUUCAAAACAUGGAAAGGCUUGUAGACGACCCUUCCAAUGGCAUGAUGCUGGAACGGAAUAUCUACGAUCAUUUUGACAAGCUGAAAGUAUACCUCGAGCAGACGGAGGUGAGCCUGUAG